AUGAGAAUAGGCCCAAACAGAGCAGCAUUUGAUCUGGUAAGAGUUACUGAGAACAUCAAUCAAAUCCAUGAAAGUUACUAUGACAGAAAGUUAGAGCAAAAGCAAAAAUUGCAUGAAGAAAAUAUGGCAUUAAAAAGAGAAGAGCUACAGUUGCGAAAAAUAGAAGUGCAGCUAAAAGAAGAGGAAUUAACGAUAAGAAAAGAAGAAGUAGAGUUAGAAAAAGAAAAGCUUAGAUUGGGAGGGUUGAGGGGCCAUGAAAAAAAAUUUAGAGAAUCUAGAAUGUUAGUUAUUACAGAUUCUUAA